AUGACUGACCUGAGCGGCAGGCUGCCGAUAGCCGCCGUUCUCGGCGGUGUUGGCCGUUCUACUUUACGUAUGCAGUGCCUACAAACUAAUGCCGGUCGCGUGCGCGGCUCGAAGCGUGCCGGCGGAGCUGGCGGCGGCCGCGAACAACACAUUUUGCCACAUUAUCUAGAUCUAGACCUGAGGGUCGAUACUAGCAGCGGCAGGCUGCCGAUAGCCGCCGUUCUCGGCGGUGUUGGCCGUUCAACUUCAUAUCUAGACCUGAGGGUCGAUACUAGCAGCGGCAGGCUGCCGAUAGCCGCCGUUCUCGGCGGUGUUGGCCGUUCAACUUCAUGUAUGCAGUGCCUACAAACUAAUGCCGGUCGCGUGCGCGGCUCGAAUCGUGCCGGCGGAGCUGGCGGCGGCGGCGAACAACACAUUUUGCCACAUUGUCUAGAUCUAGACCUGAGGGUCGAUACUAGCAGCGGCAGGCUGCCGAUAGCCGCCGUUCUCGGCGGUGUUGGCCGUUCAACUUCAUGUAUGCAGUGCCUACAAACUAAUGCCGGUCGCGUGCGCGACUCGAAUCGUGCCGGCGGAGCUGGCGGCGGCCGCGAACAACACAUUUUGCCACAUUGUCUAGAUCUAGACCUGAGGGUCGAUACUAGCAGCGGCAGGCUGCCGAUAGCCGCCGUUCUCGGCGGUGUUGGCCGUUCAACUUCAUGUAUGCAGUGCCUACAAACUAAUGCCGGUCGCGUGCGCGGCUCGAAUCGUGCCGGAGGAGCUGGCGGCGGCGGCGAACAACACAUUUUGCCACAUUAUCUAGAUCUAGACCUGAGGGUCGAUACUAGCAGCGGCAGGCUGCCGAUAGCCGCCGUUCUCGGCGGUGUUGGCCAUUCAACUUCAUGUAUGCAGUGCCUACAAACUAAUGCCGGUCGCGUGCGCGACUCGAAUCGUGCCGGCGGAGCUGGCGGCGGCCGCGAACAACACAUUUUGCCACAUUGUCUAGAUCUAGACCUGAGGGUCGAUACUAGCAGCGGCAGGCUGCCGAUAGCCGCCGUUCUCGGCGGUGUUGGCCGUUCAACUUCAUGUAUGCAGUGCCUACAAACUAAUGCCGGUCGCGUGCGCGGCUCGAAUCGUGCCGGCGGAGCUGGCGGCGGCGGCGAACAACACAUUUUGCCACAUUGUCUAGAUCUAGACCUGAGGGUCGAUACUAGCAGCGGCAGGCUGCCGAUAGCCGCCGUUCUCGGCGGUGUUGGCCGUUCAACUUCAUGUAUGCAGUGCCUACAAACUAAUGCCGGUCGCGUGCGCGACUCGAAUCGUGCCGGCGGAGCUGGCGGCGGCCGCGAACAACACAUUUUGCCACAUUGUCUAGAUCUAGACCUGAGGGUCGAUACUAGCAGCGGCAGGCUGCCGAUAGCCGCCGUUCUCGGCGGUGUUGGCCGUUCAACUUCAUGUAUGCAGUGCCUACAAACUAAUGCCGGUCGCGUGCGCGGCUCGAAUCGUGCCGGCGGAGCUGGCGGCGGCGGCGAACAACACAUUUUGCCACAUUGUCUAGAUCUAGACCUGAGGGUCGAUACUAGCAGCGGCAGGCUGCCGAUAGCCGCCGUUCUCGGCGGUGUUGGCCGUUCAACUUCAUGUAUGCAGUGCCUACAAACUAAUGCCGGUCGCGUGCGCGACUCGAAUCGUGCCGGCGGAGCUGGCGGCGGCCGCGAACAACACAUUUUGCCACAUUGUCUAGAUCUAGACCUGAGGGUCGAUACUAGCAGCGGCAGGCUGCCGAUAGCCGCCGUUCUCGGCGGUGUUGGCCGUUCAACUUCAUGUAUGCAGUGCCUACAAACUAAUGCCGGUCGCGUGCGCGGCUCGAAUCGUGCCGGCGGAGCUGGCGGCGGCGGCGAACAACACAUUUUGCCACAUUGUCUAGAUCUAGACCUGAGGGUCGAUACUAGCAGCGGCAGGCUGCCGAUAGCCGCCGUUCUCGGCGGUGUUGGCCAUUCAACUUCAUGUAUGCAGUGCCUACAAACUAAUGCCGGUCGCGUGCGCGACUCGAAUCGUGCCGGCGGAGCUGGCGGCGGCCGCGAACAACACAUUUUGCCACAUUGUCUAGAUCUAGACCUGAGGGUCGAUACUAGCAGCGGCAGGCUGCCGAUAGCCGCCGUUCUCGGCGGUGUUGGCCGUGCCUACAAACUAAUGCCGGUCGCGUGCGCGGCUCGAAUCGUGCCGGAGGAGCUGGCGGCGGCGGCGAACAACACAUUUUGCCACAUUAUCUAG